GCCCCCGCACCGACCUGUCGGAGCCGCGCCGGCUCCCCGGGGCCGGGCCUGCCGGGGGCUCUGGAUUUACCGGGAGACCUGCAGCCCCCCGCCGCCGGACGGACGGACGGACAGACGGCCGGCUGCGGUUUGGGGGAGCCCCGCUCCGCCGCCCCACUUUCCGGACCCCCCGCCGCGGGGCUGGGAGCCCGCCCUGCCCUCCGGCCCGGACAGGAGCCGGGAGCCCAGUUGCCAAGUGAUAUGGGAGGCAGACGAAUGACAAGGAGAGCCCCUCGGAUUUCCUUCUCGCAGACGGAGAUUUAGGGCAAGGGGAGGACCGUUCCGAGCGCUGCCGUCACCAUGUCUGGAUCUACCCAGCCUGUGGCGCAGACCUGGAGAGCCACUGAGCCCCGCUACCCACCCCAUGCCAUUUCCUACCCAGUUCAGAUCGCCCGGCCACACGCGGAUGUCGGGCUGUUAGAAUAUCAGCAUCAUUCCAGGGAUUACACCUCCCAUCUGGCCCCUGCGUCUAUUAUCCAGCCCCAGAGGAGGCGACCUUCAUUGUUGUCAGAGUUUCAGCCAGGGAAUGAGAGGUCACAGGAGCUCCACCUGAGGUCAGAGGCCCAUUCCUACCUGUCCGACCUGAGCAAGUCGGAAGUAGAUUUCAUCGAAACGAAGCGGCCACGGCUGGAAGUCCUGCAGGAUCCAUUGCUGCGCCACUCUCCCCUGCUCAGCCAGAGCCAGCACGGCCCAACUGAGGACCUUGCCAAGGAUCGAGGCCUGGCUGGGAAGCUGGAGCCCGUGUCUCCCGUCAGCCCUGCCCAUGCCACCUCAGAGCUGGAUCUGCUGCCGUCCAGGCUGUCCAAAGAGGAGCUCAUCCAGAACAUGGACCGCGUGGACCGAGAAAUCACUAUGGUGGAGCAGCAGAUCUCCAAGCUGAAGAAGAAGCAGCAACAGCUGGAAGAAGAAGCUGCUAAGCCCCCAGAGCCCGAGAAGCCGGUGUCCCCACCACCGAUCGAGUCCAAGCAUCGGAGCUUGGUGCAGAUCAUCUAUGACGAGAACCGGAAAAAGGCCGAAGCUGCCCACAGGAUUCUGGAAGGCCUCGGUCCCCAAGUGGAGCUGCCAUUAUACAACCAGCCCUCAGAUACCAGGCAGUAUCAUGAAAACAUUAAAAUAAACCAGGCAAUGCGGAAGAAGUUAAUUUUAUACUUUAAGAGGAGAAACCAUGCUCGGAAACAGUGGGAACAGAAGUUUUGCCAGCGGUAUGACCAGUUGAUGGAAGCCUGGGAAAAGAAAGUCGAACGCAUUGAAAACAACCCUCGGCGCCGGGCAAAGGAGAGCAAAGUGCGGGAGUACUAUGAGAAGCAGUUCCCAGAGAUCCGGAAGCAGAGGGAGCUGCAGGAGCGCAUGCAGAGCAGGGUAGGACAAAGGGGCAGCGGGCUGUCCAUGUCAGCCGCGCGCAGUGAACACGAAGUGUCUGAGAUCAUCGAUGGACUCUCGGAACAGGAGAAUCUAGAGAAGCAGAUGCGUCAGCUGGCCGUGAUCCCUCCCAUGCUUUACGAUGCAGACCAACAACGCAUCAAGUUCAUCAACAUGAACGGGCUCAUGGAUGACCCGAUGAAAGUCUACAAGGACCGACAGGUCAUGAAUAUGUGGAGUGAGCAAGAGAAGGAGACGUUUCGGGAAAAGUUCAUGCAGCACCCCAAGAACUUUGGUCUGAUCGCCUCGUUCCUAGAGAGGAAGACGGUGGCGGACUGUGUCCUUUAUUACUACCUGACCAAGAAGAAUGAAAACUACAAGAGCCUGGUGAGACGUAACUAUCGUCGGCGUGGAAAGAAUCAGCAGCAACAGCAGAUGCCCCGGGGCAGCCAGGAGGAGAAGGAGGAGAAAGAAAAGGAAAAGGAGAAGGAGACGGAGAAGGAAGAAGACAAGCAGGAAGCCGAGAAUGACAAGGAAGAGCUGAUCAAGGAGAAGAACGACGACACCUCUGGAGAGGACAACGACGAGAAGGAAGCCGUCACCUCCAAAGGCCGGAAGACGGCCAAUAGCCAGGGCCGGCGGAAGGGCCGCAUCACGCGCUCGAUGGCCAACGAGGCCAAUAAUGAAGAAGCAGCGGCCCCCCAGCACAAUGCUGAGCUGGCUUCUCUGGAGAUGAACGAGAGUUCGCGCUGGACGGAGGAAGAAAUGGAAACGGCUAAAAAAGGUCUCCUGGAACAUGGACGGAACUGGUCGGCCAUUGCCAGGAUGGUGGGCUCCAAGACCGUGUCGCAGUGUAAGAACUUCUAUUUCAACUACAAGAAGAGGCAGAAUUUGGAUGAAAUCCUGCAGCAGCACAAGCUAAAAAUGGAAAAGGAGAGGAACGCCAGGAGGAAGAAGAAAAAAACACCGGCCGCGCAGAAUGAGGAGGUGCCGUUCCCUCCUGUGGCCGAAGAUGAGGAGAUGGAGGCCUCAGGGAUGAGCGGCAAUGAGGAGGAGAUGGCGGAGGAAGCGGAGGUUUUACAACUUUCUGGCAAUGAGCUACCCAGAGUUGAAUGCGGUGGCCCAGCCACGGUGAACCACAGUUCGGACACCGAAAGCAUUCCAUCCCCAAGAACUGAGGCUAAAGAUGGCGGUGAGAGCAAGCCAAAGCCCUCCACGGGCCCGGGGAGCGAGGUGGGGACAGGCACCCCCGCCAAGGCUGAGGAUGCGGCAACUGCUGCUGCGGCUGCUGCUCCUGCCGCUGCUGCCACCACUGCUGCUGCUCCUGCUGCUGCCGCUGCUGCCCCUGCCGGGACCACCCUCUCCACCCCCGCCACCAGCCCCUCCCCAGCCCCUGCCACCGCCGCCGCCCCCAACAACGCCGCCACGGUCCCCGCCCAGCAGGCCCCGGAGGGUGAACCCCAGGCCUCAGCGGAAGCAAAGGCACCCGAGGACCUGGUCGUGGACGUGGUGAAGACGGAGGACCCCGCCAGCGGGGGAGGAGAGGAGCCCACCAAGAAGGAGGCAGCGGCGGAGGACCGGGAGGAGGAGCAGGAGGAGGAGGUUGGCCCGGAGAAGACGACCAAGGGCAGCGAGAAGAAGGUGGAGGCAGGCGGCGGGGGGUCAGCCACGGAAGGGACCCCGAAAGGCGAGAAGAAGGAGGGCGGCAGCAAGCCGGGCAAGGGUGCUGGAGCGAACCCUGACAGCGACUCAAGCGCUACCUGUAGUGCUGAUGAGAUGGAGGAACAGGACACGGUGGACAAGAACAGGCUGCUGUCCCCCAGGCCCAGCCUUCUGAACACGAGCAGCGAGGCCAGGGCCAACGCCUCACCCCAGAAGCCGCUGGACCUCAAACAGCUGAAGCAGAGGGCAGCUGCCAUCCCCCCCAUACAGCAGAUCACCAAAGUCCUCGAAUCCCCCCGGGAGGAUGUGACGCCAAGCAAGCCACCACAGCCACAGCACCUGCAGCCGGACAGUGAGCCCCAGCCCAGCAGCAGCCCCCGGGGAAAGAGCAGGAGUCCCGCCAGUGGGGAAAAAGACGAAAAGCCCGUGCACUUCCCAACGUUCCCCGAGGGGCAGAAGCUGAGUGGAGAACAAGCGGCCACCGUCUGCUGGCCACCCGCCCUGCAUUACCCCGUGUCUUCCCGGGACCUCAUCAGAACCUCUCCCCUCGCCGACCCGGCUGUGUUUCCAUACAACCCACCAGGUCAUCCGAUCCCUCUGACCCUGCACGAAAGCUCCCGGCCUGGGCUGCAGAGAAUGCCUGGCAUCUCCAACCCGCCCCCUCUCAUCUCGUCCACCAAGUCUCCUGUCGUUCUGGAGAGGCCCUUGGCCUCCAUAGCCCAGGGAGUGCCCAUCCAGCUCCACACUCCCUACUCUGAACACGCUAAAGUUCCUGUUGGCGCCAUCACCAUGGGUCUGCCGCUGACCAUGGAUCCUAAAAAGCUGGUCUCUUUCCCCGGAGUGAAGCAAGAACAGCUGUCUCCCAGGAGCCAGGCCAACCAGCCCGAGAGCUUGGUCAUACAGACAGCACAGGAGACUUCUGUUCUGAGAGGGACGGCUCUGGGCAGCACCCCAGGAGGAAGCAUCACCAAAGGCACCCCCAGCGGCCGUGCUCCCCCGGAAAGCCCUAUCACCUACCGUGGCUCCAUCACUCACGGCACACCUGCUGAUGUGCUGUUCAAAGGAACCGUCUCCAAGCUAAUGGGAGAGGACAGCCCUGGCCAAGCGGAGAAAGUAAGAGAGGACGCCUUGCCCAAGGGCCACGUCAUCUAUGAAGGGAAGAAGGGUCACGUACUGUCCUACGAUGGAGGGGUGACCGUGGCCCAGUGCACCAAGGAAGACAGCAGGAGUUCCGGUAUCUCCCACGAGGCCUCUGCCACCAAGCGCACUUAUGACAUGAUGGAAGGGAGGCUCAUCCGGGGCCUGUCCGGGCGGGAGCUGUCCUCCACCAGCAUUGAAGGUCUCAUGGGCCGAGCCAUCCCAGCAGAGCGCCACAGUCCCCACCACAUCAAGGAGCAGCAUCACAUCCGGGGCUCCAUCACCCAAGGAAUCCCUCGGUCCUACGUGGAGGCUCACGAGGACUACCUGCGAAGGGAGGCGAAACAGCUCAAGCGUGAAAGCACUCCACCCCGGGACCUGGUGGACACCUACAAGGUGCGGCCCCUGGAGGGGCUCGCCCCGCUGAAGAUGAAGGCGGGGCACGAGGGCCUGGUGGCCACAGUGAAGGAGGCGGGCCGCUCGAUCCACGAGAUCCCCAGGGAGGAACUGCGUCACACACCUGACCUCUCCAUGGCCAGGGCCCUGAAGGAAGGCUCCAUCACACAGGGAACCCCGCUGAAGUACGACAGCAGCUCCUCGUCAGGAGGGGCCAAGAAGCACGAUGUCCGCUCCAUCAUCGGCAGCCCAGGGAGGACGUUCCACCCGGUGCACCCGCUGGAUGCCAUGCAAGAUCCCAGGAGCCUGGAACGUGCCUGCUACGAAGAGAGCCUCAAGGGCCGGGCCGGCUCCGUCGCCGGCUCUGGAGGCUCCAUCACCCGGGGUGCACCUGUGAUCGUCCCUGAGUUGGGGAAGCCCCGCCAGAGCCCCCUGGCCUACGAGGACCACCAGGCAGCUCACGGGGCGGCCUUCAGCAGCCACCUGGCCCGUGGCUCGCCAGUGUCCACACGGGAAUCCACCCCUCGGCAGCAGGAAGGCAGCCUCUCAUCCAGCAAAGGAAGCUCACAGGAGAGAAAGGUGGGCUCCGCACCUCGGGAGAUCGCCAACUCCAAGUCUCCUCACCCGACGGUACCAGACCACCACCACCACACCAUGUCACCUUACGAACACUUGCUCCGAGGGGUCGGCGGCGUGGACCUGUAUCGGGGACACAUUCCAUUGGCCUUCGACCCCACGUCCAUCCCUCGGGGGAUUCACCUGGAUGCAGCUACUGCUGCUUACUACUUACCUCGCCACCUGGCUCCUAACCCCACCUACCCACACCUGUACCCCCCGUACCUCAUCCGGGGCUACCCCGAUGCCACAGCCAUGGAGAACCGGCAGACCAUCAUCAACGACUACAUCACCUCGCAGCAGAUGCACCACAAUGCCGCCGCCGCCACCGCCAUGGCCCAGCGCGCCGACAUGCUCCGCGGCCUCUCCCCCCGUGAACCCUCCCUGGCGCUCAACUAUGCAGCUGGACCGCGAGGUAUCAUCGACCUGUCCCAAGUGCCCCACUUGCCUGUACUGGUGCCACCGGCUCCGGGCACCCCUGCUGGCUCCAUAGACCGCCUUACCUACAUCCCCGGUGCCCCCCAGCCUUUCAGCAGCCGGCACAGCAGCUCCCCGCUCUCCCCAGGAGGCCCUGCUCAUGUGACCAAGCCAGCAGGCCCCUCGUCCUCAGAGCGGGAGCGUGAACGGGAACGGGACCGGGAGAAAUCCAUGCUGGCUGCAGCCACCACCGUGGAGCAUGCCCCCAUCUGGAGGCCAGGUACGGAGCCGAGCAGCACUCGCCCGUCCUCCCAUUCCCACAGCCACCAGCACUCGCCCAUAUCCCCGCGGACCCAGGAGAACGUCCAGCAGCGGCCCAGCGUGCUGCACAACACCGGCAUGAAGGGCAUCAUCUCCUCCGUCGAUAGCCUCACCCCAUCCGUCCUGCGAUCGUCCUCCUCCUCCACCACGUCGCCAGUCCGGUCCAGCGGGUUCCCACCCACUCCCACGUGCCCUCUCGGCGGUCUGGACCCCUACCCCGGCCUGAUGGACCCCGCCAUUCUGCAGAAGGAGGCCUCGCGGGGCCGAGACUCCCGAACGGACAACCACCUGUUCGGCUCCAAGCUGCCAGGACGGUCGGGCCUCGACCGGUCCUCAUCGCCUGGCAAAGCUCCAGAGUCCCGGUCCGCCGCCGCCGCCUCAGGUUCUGGCUCCGCUCACCCGCCUGGCCGAGGACAGGGAAAAGGCCACACGUCCCACCUGCCGGCAGAGCAGCCACACCUGGCCGGGGCUCAUGACCAGCACAGAGAAAAGAGUCAAAGUAAACCCUUUUCCGUGCAGGAACUGGAGCUCCGAGUACUGGGUUACCACGGUGGCUACAGCCCGGACGGCAUAGAGGCCAUCAGCCCCGUGAACUCCCCCAGCAUCAUCCAUGACAAAGGAGUGAAGCACUUGGAAGGGCUGGACAAGGGCCACGGGGACCCCGACCUCCGAUUAAAGCAACAAGGCCCACUGAAGCUCACUGAAGCCGCUCACCUGCAGCGUCUUCGGCCACUCCCCGAUGGCCAGCAGUCCCCGAGCCAGCCGCUGACAUCCCCCGCCAGUGUCAAAGGUCACCAGCGGGUGGUCACCUUAGCCCAGCACAUCAGCGAGGUGAUCACCCAGGACUACACCCGCCACCACCCACAGCAACUCAACUCCCACCUCCAGGCCCCGCUCUACUCCUUCCCUGGGGCCAGUUGUCCCGUGCUGGACCUUCGCCGGACCCCCGGCGAGGCCUACCUCCCCCCACAGGACCAUGGCUCAGGCCCCCGCCUCUCCCCGCACAGCGAAGGAGGCAAAAGGUCUCCAGAGCAGAGCAGAGCCUCAGCAGUGGGCACCACAGAAGACUGCAUUGAGCCCAUCUCCCCACCAGAAGGUAUGGGGGAGGCCGAACACACCCGAAGUGCCGCCUAUCCGAUGCUGUACCGGGAAGGGGAGCAGGCGGAGCAAAGAAUGGGGUCCAAAUCUCCGGGAAACAACAGCCAGCCUCCCGCCUUCUUCAGCAAGCUGACGGAGAGCACCUCGGCCAUGGUCAAGUCCAAAAAGCAAGAGAUCAUUAAGAAACUCAGCACUACCAACCGGAACGAGCCCGAGUACAAUAUCGGCCAGCCCGGGACAGAGAUCUUCAAUAUGCCGGCGAUCACCGGUGCAGGGCUUAUCAGUUGUAGAAGCCAGUCGGUUCAGGAGCACGCCAGUACCAACAUGGGGUUGGAGGCGAUUAUUAGGAAGGCCCUAAUGGGUAAAUAUGAUGAUCAGUGGGAAGACCGCUCACCUCUAAGUGCCAAUGCUUUUAACCCUCUGAAUGCCGGUGCGAGCGUGCCCGCUGCUCUGCCCAUAACUGCUGCUGAGGGACGGAAUGAUCGCCCGCGCGCCUCGCCAGGAGGCGGCGGGAAGCCAAAGACGGCUGCGAGACCCAAUAGUCGAAAGGCCAAGUCCCCCGCGCCGGGCCUAUCCUCGGGAGAACGGCCGCCAUCCGUCUCCUCCGUCCACUCAGAAGGCGACUGUAACCGGAGGACGCCGCUGACCAACCGGGUGUGGGAAGACAGGCCAUCCUCUGCAGGUUCGACGCCGUUCCCGUACAACCCCCUCACCAUGAGGCUUCCGACCAGCGUGGUGACAGCCCCCCCGCCCGCAGUCCUGCCCCAGGGCAGCUCCGCCAGCCAGCACCACACCUGGGAUGAGGAGCCAAAGCCCCUGCUGUGCUCGCAGUACGAGACGCUCUCCGAUAGUGAGUGAAGGAGCCUGGGACUGGGGGAGGGGAGGCAGGAGAGGAGAGGAUCACGCGACAGAAGCGGCCACAGUGGAGAGAGCCAGCAGAGCGACGGUCUGUGUGGGGGUGCCCCCGCCCGGCCCCUCCUCCCCCGAUGCCCCCGGGCCCCUCCGAUCUGGGAAGGAGCCUCGCUCCCCCUGCCAUCUGGAAGGCAUUGCCCUCUUCAGUCUAAAGCCUUAACAACCACCCGCCGCCAUGAAGAGGAGCCCCAGCUGCCGGGAGCCACCCCUGCCGCGCUUCACUCUGAUUGAUCGGCAGGCACUGCCCGUUAGAAGAGACUGGGAAGGACCCCUCUCCCCUAUCCUUUCCCACCUCGCCUCCUUUCUCUCCCCACCUCUCUCCUUCCCGUUCCUGGAAA